UAAUGAAUCUUCAAAUUAAUUUUAAAAGUUUGACGCGUAAAUAACGAUCUUUCGUAACGAUUUUAGUAACGAGUCAUAAAUAGACGAGAUUCAAUACACAAAUUUAAUUAAUUAUUAUUAUAUAUCUUGUUUGAACAGUUAUAUUACAAAAAUAUAUGAUGGUUCUUAGCGAAGACUUUGAAAUCAUUCUCGUUGCAUAAUGACAUUUUUCGAGUUCAAUAAAAAGUGUAGUUAAGGAAUGAUAAUAUGCAAUUGAAAAAGCAUCUUCAACUAACGUUGGCAAUAAUCAAGCCUCAUGUUGUUAAAUCUCCCUUUGUUCUUCAAAAAAUUCGAGAUUUAAUAAUCGACAAUAAUUUCAAAAUUGUCAGAUCACGCAGAACAAUAAUUACACAAAAAGAAGCAGAAUUAUUUUAUGCUGAACACAAGGAAAAAUUUUUUUUUAAUCGUCUCUUGACGUUUAUGUGCAGUGGCCCAUCUGACAUUCACAUCUUAGCUGAUUAUGAUGCUAUUGUCAAGUGGAGAAAACUAAUGGGUCCCACAAAAGUUUAUCAAGCACAAUAUAUUGCACCAGACACAAUUCGAGGAAUGUUUGGUUUAUCGGAUACAAGAAAUGCAACACAUGGAUCUGAUUCAACAGAAUCAGUAGAACGGGAAGUUGCAAUAUUUUUUAAAGACUUCGAUGUUAGAAAAUGGUACCAAAAUGAAGAAAAAUACUAUAACUUAGGUCAACUUCAUUUUGAUCCAAUAGCAUUUCUACAUACUAUUGAUAUAAGUUCCACAAAAUCUCCAACUGAACAAAUUACAUAAUAAAUAGUGCCAAUCAAAUUGUAAUAUCUUGUUGAAUUUUUAAAUGACGUGAACUUUAUGUUCCUAGUAUCUACAAUGUAACUUAUAUAUAAUGUAAUAUAGUGUAAUGUACUACAUAAGAUACAUACUAAGGUAUUCUCAAAAUUGAUCAAACUUCACCAGUAUAUUUUACUAAUGAUUCCAAUGAAAAACUGUCACCUAAACAUAGAACUGCAAAUAGUUUCUUUAUUUCAUAGCAUUUCAAAGUUUCUUGAUAGAGGAAGCAUUCAAACUAGGAAGGCAAACGUCACUGUGUCCGAUAUAAAGAACAAAUCUUAUCAUUCUUAUCACUAAUUAUCAUACAUAUAUAACUUUUUUAUUAGUAGGAUAUUGGGGUAAAGAGUGAUCACAUAAUUCAAGAAUACUUUAUACGUGUAAAUUAAAAUAAUUGUUAAAUAUAAUUAGUUGAAUGUAUAUGAAGAAGAAAGAAAACUGAUUAAGAGAAAAUAUUGAAACUACA